AUGCCGAGUUCCAAUCCCUUAUGGAACACGUCCUUCCAGGCGACGGCCUUCGGCGUGCUGCUGUUGGCUGCAGUGAUCUACGGCGCCAUCGUACAGCAGGUUGCACGGUACAUCUUCGUGUUCAGGAACGAUAGCAUCGGUCUGAAGCUAUGGGUUUACGCGUUGGCGCUUCUGACCACAGCGGGGUUCAUCUUUGACUGUGUGACGUCCUGGGGUUAUCUCACAGGCGAUAAUUCCGCUUCGUCGGACGCCAUAAUUGCUACGGAAGGUUUUCUUGCGGGUGUCACUAUUGCUGUGGUCCAAUUGUUUUUCACCGUGCGCAUCUGGACUGUGCGAAGAGAAGUCAAACCAAGCUCUGUACUCACAGUCCCCUUCACGGCGUUCCUGGGCCUCUGUAUCGCUGCAAGUUUCGGCGGCAACAUCACGGCGAAUGUCUUCAUUUCUGGAGCAAUCCCCUCCUUCGAGCAUGGUCUGAUCAUCACCACGGACUUGCUCCGGUUCAAAAUCGUCAUGGACGCGGUUCUCGAUGGACUCGUCACGAUCUCGCUGGUCACUCUUCUCCAGGCGCAUCGCAACGAAUUCGCCCAUCUGCGAAAGGAGAGCCCUCUUACGAUGCUUCUAGUCUUCUUCGCUACUCGCGGUAUCAUCAUCCUGACAAGCCAGGUGAUGUUCUUCAUUCUGGUCUUCGCUGCGGAACCUCUCACUGUCGGCACGGCCAACACGAUGAUCAUGCCCAAAAUCUACGCCGUGUCUAUGCUCCUCACCCUCACCAACCGCAAGACGAAUCGCGGCACAUCUGGUUCAAAUUCAUCGGGCUCGCGCGGCCAGCGUACGCGCGCUAGCGAGCACGUCGAUUUGGUGGCGUUGUCGUUCCGCACGAACGCACAACCCGUCAACGUCAACGCUCCCGAGCGCAGCGCUAGCAACGGCGGACGCGCCUCGCCCGUGGUGUUCGCCUCGUCGAAGGGCCAACCUGAGGAAGUUACGAUGGAACCCGACCCGGAUGACUGGGAUAAUAGCAUCGGGGAUCAUCGACGGACAGCCAGUAGCAAAGUAUCGUUACCUGAGACUGAGUGA